UCCAGCUGCUGAGAGCCGGUGCUGAGUGGAGACCGUAGCUCCGGCUGCGUCUCUCUCUGUCUCUUUCUGCCUCCCCGGAACCGGCUGCUCUCAGUCAGUGGUCACGCUGCUCUCUCUCCACAUGGACGCCGGAACCGUCCUGGCUGCACUGAUGGAGCUGGCCGUCAUUUCGGCAGUUUCAGGUGCUUCAGUACAACAGCUCCCCAGCAAAAAGACCCACAAGGAGGGAGAAACGAUGAAGUUCAUCUGCGCCUUCUCGUUCGUGCGGAAGAAUUCUGAGGUCCAAGUGCGCUGGUGGAAAGACGGCGAGAGCUCCUUCCUGGCGCCGAGCAGCCGGCGCAUCUUUAAAAAACGGAAUUAUCUUAGCGCGCUUUUUGACCUUCAGAAUCUGAGAGUCUCCGACUCCGGCCGAUAUUACUGCAGUGUUGCAUAUGAAAGAAAAUACUACAACGGGACGGGCACGGAGCUUCAAGUACUCGCUUCCCUGAACCUGCCGCAGAUUACCUCCACGCUGGUUAGGAAAGGCUCUUCGAUGAUCCUGAGGCUUGUCUGUACGGUUGCCGAAUCGCAGUCCCGGGAGCUGGCCUUUGCAUGGAUGGCGGACAACACGGAGGUUGGAAGCGGCGCCAAGCCACACGUGGAGCCGUUGCAGGGAGAUCUCUUCCGAGUCUCCAGCUCACUUGAGGUUGUGCGUCCAGCCAGGAACGCGACAGUGUACACCUGCCAAGUCACCUAUCCCGGCAACAGGGUUCAAAAGCAAAAUUACACGUACAUUGCCAGCGCUAAAGACAGACAGACAGCUGUUUUCCCCUGGUGGAUUUACGUCUGUGCAGCGGCUGCCGCAUUCGUUCUGCUUCUCCUUCUUACGGUCAUAUGUUUAGUAUGCAAGCGCAAAAGAAGAAGUGAUGAAUAUCGAAGUGUUCCUAAAGAGAUGCAUACGCAGAUACUGCCUGGUCAAAGGAUGCCUCCCAGAAGUGUCGCGAAAGGCACAGAGCUCAGGAACAUGAACCAGAGACCACGAUGCCCGCAUGUCCCCCCAAGAAGGCAGCAGGGACUUGGCAAGAAUGUUUAUGCUACUCCACAAUUCAAAUAGCAAUAGGGCUGCGGAAAGAGCUAUCGGAACAACGAAAACUCGGAACAGCACUGGACCACAUACAACAAUAAGGUUCCUCUCCAUUCCUGGUUGGUCCAAAGAUUUAAAUAUCAAAUAUAUAUUAACAACUCUUUUAGAUGUUUCAAUCUCUUCAGCAUAUUUUCCUAAUAUCUUCCUGCGUGUUAAAAGUAAGACCAUAUUCAUAGCAGCAGAAUGAGGCCAUUCAUCCCAUCCGGUCCAUUCCAACCAUUCCAUUAUCCCCUCAAUCCCAUUCUCCUGCCUUCUCCCUGUAAUCUUUCACAUCCCGACUAAUCUAGAAGCUGUCAACCUCUGCUUUAAAUAUACUUGAUGACUUGGCCUGCACAGCUGCCUCUGGCAAUGAAUUCCACAGAUUCACUACCAUUUGGCUAAAGAAAUUCCUCCUCAUCUGUUCUAAAUGGAUAUCCCUCAAUUCUGAGGCUGUGGCCUCUGGUCCUAGACUCCCCCACUAGAGAAAGCAUCCUCUCCACAUCCACUCCAUUUAGUGUUACGUAAACGGCAACAAUGAAUAUCAAUCGAGACAGGUUAUAUAAAAACAACCAAACAUUUAUUAAACACGGAUAAAUGAUAAGGAAAAAAAAAACACCCGAAAACUUUAACCAGAAGUUAACCUAUAUGCAGCCGUUCAAACAACUCUUCACUCGGCACUGGUUUCUUAAAGAGUUAAAUGCAAAAACAGUUCUUAAAGCGGUAAAGUCAGAUAUAGUUCUUAAAAUGUUAAAUUCGAAAGUCCAACAAAUUUACACGUCCAAUUGGGAGUGACUUCUCUGGAGAAGGAAUUCUUCACAGAUGCGACUUUCCUGCUGGUUCUGUCCACAGGAUUCCUGAUGCCGAAAAUAAACAGUUUAAGACAACUGAUCUUAAGUUCUUUUAGAGAGAGAGAGCAAACCGUUGCAUGAACUCCUUGCUCUUUUUGGCAAGAGUUAUCUUGAUGCAGGUCGUGAUCUUCCAACGAAGACUCAAUAAGGUUGAUCCUUUAUUAAACUGCCAAACGAUGCCGACUCCUCUCAAUCCUUCGAUCCUGUAACUCGAUAAAGUCUUCACUCUCCCUUCUACUUUUGGAAUUGAGUAAAUCAACACAUCUAGCAAAAAUUUCCAGUCCAAUAAUAUGGUAUCUUGCAAUAGAACACAAUACUCCGUUUUAAAAAUGAAACUGCAUCACAAAAGCAAACACGCAACAGAAACGGGGACACAGCACAUUCUACCUGGAAAUCUAUAAACUAAAAACUAACUGCAUCACCUGGGUUCGACCCUUAUAUAGCCAUGGUGCACAUGUCAUCACGUGACCUCACAUCGGCGGGAAAAUCACAUCAGGUGACCUCCAAAAGACCAUUACAUCAUUCUCACAAAAAAAACACAGAUCUCCUUGAGCAUGUAACAGUAGGCCUUUUUAAUAAUCAGUCAACAGGUUUCAGUGAGCGAGUAUAGGCCCAGAGCCAUAAAACAUUCCUCAUCUGAUAUGCCUUUCAUUCCCAAAAUCAUUUUUGUGAACCUCCUCUGCACCCUAUCCAAUGCCAGCACAUCUUUUCUCAGAUAAGGGGCCCAAAAUUGCUCAGAAUAUUCCAAGUGUGGUAUGACCAGUGCCUUAUAAAGCUUCAGCAUUACAUCCUUGGGUUUCUAUUCUAGUCCUCUCGAAAUGAAUGCUAACAUCGCCUUGCCUUCCGUACCACUGAUUCAACCUGCAAGUUAACCUGUAGGGAAUCCUGCAUGAGGACUCCCAAGUCCCUUUGCAUCUCUGAUUUUUGAGUCUUCUCCCUGUUUAGAAAAUUGACUACUCCUUUGUUCCUUCUAAUAAAAUGCAUAAUCAUACACUUCCCUAUACUAUAUUCCAUCUGCCACUUCUUUGUCCAUUCUCUCAACCUAAGUCCUUCCGCAAACUCCCUGCUUCCUCAAAACUACCUGCCCUUCCACCUAUAAUUGUCUGCAAAUUUGGCCACAAAGCCAUCAAUUCCAUCAUCCGAAUCAUUGACAUACAAUGUAAACAGACGUGGCCCCAACACAGAGGGAACACAGCUAGUCACCAGCAGCCAACCAGAAAAGGACUUCUUUAUUCCCCCGCCUCCUGCCAGUCAGACAAUCUCCCAUCCGUGCCAGAAACUAGGAGAUAAUGUAAUGCAACUUGUGUUUGUGACAAUAGCCUCAUUAAAACUCUGAGCAUGCCAUAAAGUGGGCUGGUUGUAAAUUGCAAGUAGCCCGACCCAAGUUUCUAGCACCCUUGCCCUGAUGAUAAAGAAAAUAUUGCACCAUAACUCAUGUAACCAUUUUCCUUAGCUGUGUAAAAAUAGGUGAUAAAUAUAAAUCAGAGAUUGGAUUGUGUUUGGGAAAAUUAGGAAGAAGACAAGUGGUGGCCAGUAAUAAAAGGAAAUAUAUUCUGGAGAUGAAUGAGCAUUUUGUAUAGACUUAAUGCAUAGAGUUACAAGCGCUGAGUACCAGGUUACUGUGUGCACCAGUUUAUAACCUAUAACAAUGCAGAUCCCAUUAUGGGGUUCUUAAGGCACACACGCUCUGAGAGUAGUCCAAAAUGCAUUAGCUGUAUUUUGAAGUUGUUUGGCAGAAGAUCCAACCAAGAUUAUGUUGUCAAUAUAGUGACUGAUAAAAUUUAGACAGCAGCUUCUUCAUCAAGAGCUCAGAGUCAAUUGUGGAAUAGGAACAUUUCAUCUGGAUCAAUCAGUUUGUAGUUUGAAAGUAACACAAACAGCAAGUCGAAAUGUACCCCGAUAAAACAUCAAAUUAAUCAAGAACUUAAUUUUAAUCUGGGGAAAUGUGACUGCAUUCCACUGAAAACCACAUUACUAUUACAUAAGAAACGUACAGGUAUGUUUCUGAAACCCAUGUAAAGGUGAUUUAUAAGACAUACCAUGGUGAACCAGUUCUAUAAUUGGCUGUUCAUAGAAUUGUAGAACAGUAGAGGAACAGGUCCUUCCAUGAUGUUUAUGCCAACCUUGAGGCCAAAUUAAACAAAUUACACAGCAUCAAAACCCUUUAGAGUGGCUACACAUGUAUAGCUGUAAGAGUGAUACAACAAGUUGGUCCCACUCCUUUUCCUUUUCAUUCAAAUAAAUUUAAUUGCACUUACUACUACACUGGAGGCUACUCUGCCCACUAGGAUUAUGCUAGGUCUAGGCAGAGCAAUCCCAUUGGAAUCAUUCCUCCCUUUUCUGAUGGUCUCUGAUACAAUAAAUCCUCUAAUUUAAUUAAGCCCUGUUAAUUUGAAUUGAAAGUUUUAUUGCUGAAAAUUAUAAUUAAUCUCUAUACCUCAGGUUUUUAAAUACGUUGUUGAGAAGUUAUCUAUUUUCUGAUUUAGGAUUCCUUUACAUACCAGAGCAAUAGAUAUCUAAUCAUUCAUUUUCUAACGCUUCAUUGUUUUCUAGCAGUCAUAGACUCUUAAAAUGUGCACAUUACCUAAAUAUCAGGAGCUACUAUGGAGUUUUCAUCAGUGUAUUGAUUGUGUAGGAUCAAAUUCAGCCUCAAAGACAGAGUUCCUUGUAUUCAUUCUCUUCUCUUGAAUUCUGCCAAAACUCCAAAAUCACAAUUUGUGAUUAAUUUCAAACAAUAUAAGAAUUCUUAAAAAGCCUUGCAAGAUGAAUGGAUGGUGCUAUCUGUUAACAAAAUGGUGAAUGAGGCAAUCUUUUAGGUAAUUCCCAGUAACUCUCAUGAAACAAUAUUGUGAGCACCGUCUGCACAUAGUCAGUACUGUGGUGUAAAUACCAUUAAUUGUGGACAGUGUGUUGUGUUAGGGAACAGAUAACAAUCUUGCUUAUGAUACAAGCACAAUCUCUGCACUGUGAGGAACAUAUUCCUGAAGAGAAAGUACAAACAUGACUUAUAGGCUUGGACUGGUUUAGGCAACAUAUAUUCUCAAAGAGAAAUUAGUCUGUCUCAGUGGAGUUUCCUGGCAGCCAGCACAGAAGUCACGGAAAUGUUCAGCAAUAGAAAAACAGACAAAUAAUAUUUUAGUUUCAACAUCGAUAGUGUGGAGAGUUAAAUUUCAUCAGAGAUAAUAGAUCAAAGCAUGUCAGUUCAAUAAGACUUACAACAACUAUACAGCACAAUAUGUAGAUUAGAAAACAUUUCUCCGCGUCUUUGACUUUAUUGUUAAAAGGUAGUUCUUUGUUUCCUUAGUUAGAGUCUAGACUCAAGCAUUUGAACAUCAAAAUCAUUCAAUUAUUUUUUUAAAAAGCUUUUUCAGCUUAUGUUUUAUUGCUAUAUUAACAUUAAAAUAAUUGAUCAAAGGCUCAUUGGUAUUACAAUGUCUUAAAACAUCAGAACUUUAAGUAUUGCUAACACAUUUUGAUUAUGCAUGGGAGUGGGAUCAGGCACAGGAGCCCCGGCUCUUCAUCCCACUGAAACAAGGGAAUAGAUAGACCUUACGUUCUGCCUCAGGAAGGUAACUGUCCUUUACAUCCCCGCCCCCCACCCCCACUGCAA